CGUUGUUCACUUGCAUGCCUUCCAUUUUCCUCACUCCUUUAGAUUAGCAGAAUCAAACGCUUCCACUUCUGCUCACUUGUCAAGUUUCAAGUUUCAACCCAAUAGUCAAUCAUCCCUUCCACUUCCAAAUUUUAAGCACUGCAAGUAGGCUACCAGCAGCAGACGACCAAAGCUGAAGGACAAGCCAUGGAUUUCAUAUACAAGAAUCCCACUGCGCCGAUUGAAGCUCGAGUUCAAGACCUCCUUUCUCGCAUGACCCUUGAAGAAAAACUCGGACAAAUGACUCAGAUCGAGCGUUCUGUCGCCACCCCUUCUGUCCUGAAAGACCGCUGCAUAGGAAGUAUCAUGAGCGUUGGCGGAAGUGGGCCGAUAGAGAUGGCGCUGACUUCUGACUGGGCUGACAUGGUCGAUAAUUUUCAGAAGGCAGCAUUGGAGUCUCGACUAGGUAUCCCCAUUUUAUAUGGGAUUGAUGCUGUUCAUGGCAACAAUAAUGUCUAUGGUGCCACCAUUUUUCCUCACAAUGUUGGCCUCGGAGCCACAAGGGAUUCUGAGUUGGCUAAGAGGAUUGGGGUUGCUACUGCACUUGAAGUUAGGGCGAGUGGGAUUCACUAUGCUUUUGCUCCAUGUGUUGCUGUAUGUAGGGAUCCCAGGUGGGGACGAUCCUACGAGAGUUUUGGGGAGGACACUGAGAUUGUUAGAAAUAUGACAUCCAUUGUCACAGGUUUGCAGGGACAAAGACCUGAAGGGCAUCCGAAGGGCUAUCCUUUUCUGGCUGGAAGAAACAAUGUUGUUGCAUGCGCAAAGCAUUUUGUUGGCGAUGGAGGUACUGACAAAGGUAUAAAUGAAGGAAAUGCCAUAUUGUCAUAUGAUGAUCUUGAGAGGAUCCAUAUGGCUCCAUAUCUUGACUGUAUUUCUCAGGGAGUUUGUACCAUUAUGGCAUCGUAUUCUAGCUGGAAUGGGGUGCCAUUACAUGCUAGUCAUUUUCUUCUUACACAAAUUUUGAAAGAGCAACUGGGCUUUAAGGGCUUCAUAAUUUCCGAUGCUGAAGGACUGGACCGGCUUUUUCAUCCUCAUGGAUCUAACUAUCAGCAAUCUGUCCUGUCUGCCAUCAAUGCUGGAAUUGAUAUGGUCAUGGUGCCUUUUCGAUAUCAGUUGUUUCUGGAAGAUUUGACAUAUCUUGUGCAAUCUGGAAAAAUACCAAUUGCUAGGAUUGACGAUGCAGUUGAACGUAUAUUGAGGGUGAAGUUUGCUGCUGGACUGUUUGAAUAUCCUCUGAGUGAUAAAUCCUUACUGCCUGCAGUUGGAUGCAAGCUGCAUAGGGAACUGGCACGGGAAGCAGUUCGCAAGUCAUUAGUUCUUUUGAAGAACGGGAAGGAUCCAAAGAAAUCAUUUCUUCCAUUAAAUCGUAAUGCUAAAAAGAUUUUGAUUGCUGGGACACAUGGUGAUGAUCUUGGAUAUCAAUGUGGCGGGUGGACUGCUACUUGGGAAGGAAAAAGUGGCAGAAUAACAAUAGGCACAACCAUUUUGGACGCAGUCAGAGAGGUUACUGGGAGCGAUACGGAGGUGAUAUUUGAGCAAAAUCCAUCAGCACAAACCUUAGCGAGCCAAGAUAUUUCUUUUGCUAUUGUAGCUGUGGGUGAAUGCCCGUAUGUGGAAUAUGGUGGUGAUAGUCGAGAACUUCCAAUUCAUUUUAAUGGAGCUGAAAUAAUUAGCUUGGUUGCUGAUAAGGUUCCGACAUUGGUGAUCUUGAUAGCUGGGAGGCCUUUGGUUAUAGAGCAACGUAUUCUGGAUAAAGUUGAAGCUUUUGUUGCUGCUUGGUUACCUGGAACUGAAGGCGGUGGAAUUACGGACGUUGUCUUUGGAGAUUGUGGGUUUCAGGGAAGACUUCCUAUGACAUGGUUCAAAGGGGUUGAUCAACUGCGAAGUAACGCUGUAGAGAAGUCCUAUGAUCCUCUUUUCCCAAUUGGCUUUGGAUUGACUAGUAAAGGUGAAGUGCUGUAGUACUUUCCGCUGAAGCAUUCGAGAUUUUAAAAACGGAGAUGUAUUUUGAGUGUGAAAUAAUGGAUGACCGUUUGUGAGCAGGAAAAUAUUUUAGGAAACUUUUAAAAAACGGAGAUGUAUUUUAACUUCCCUGAAAUUACUCUCUGCAUGUUUUGAGCGAACAGAA